GUAUCAGAAGACUUUCAUUUUGGAGAACAUUACUUGUUAUUGUUAAUCGUGUCCAGUGUUUUCUAUGCCGCCAUUUUACAUCUGCACGAAAGUUGGGUUAUAUUUCUCGGUCUUUUCUACAUGUUCAUGUUCCCAGCCAUGCACAUUCUGCUUCCGGUUUACUCCAUCAGCAACAUUAUUGAUCAAAGCUGGGGGACAAGGGAUGGCAACAAAGCUUCCGUUCCGAAACUGGUUUGUUUCCCCCAAAUCCGUAAACGUCGAAAGAAGAAAAAGAAGAUAAAGAAGGAUAAAAAUUCCGCAAGUUUAAAUUCUCCCAGUCUUAGUUUUGACCUCUUCGAUAUGCAUGAAGAUGAAGUCGAAUACAAAUUCUGGAAGCUCCUACGAGAUUUCAUUAUUGGUGCAACGGUUAGGACGGGUGCACCAAAGUCGGAAAUCGCUGAAAGACUUCGGAACUUGCGCACCAAAUGUGUUUCCGCAUUUCUGAUUUGCAAUACAAUCUGGAUGAUUAUCAUUGGAUGCCUCUUCACAAACGUUACAGCAGAAGAGUCUAAGAUAAAUGUAAUUGCUUCAAUUGCUGUCAUCCUCUACGGGGUUUCGUUCGUCGCUCAACUGAUUGGAAUGACGGUACAUCGAACACAAGACACUAUCGAACGUUUAAUACGCAAAUCGAACAGACAAUCGAAGCGACCCGAAUGGAUAAUUACAAAAGACGAAAAUCUUGAUGCUGUAAGAAACAAAAGCGAAAAAUAAAUCAAAGGAAAGGAAAAAAAUAGUAUAAAGAAUUAAAUUCAAUAAUAGCAAAAAACAACAAAAACACUGUCACACCUUGUGCCUACUUAACAAAAAAGAAACACCUACAAGCUUGUUUGCAAGGUUCUACACGCAUUCAUGAAUUCUAAACAAUAACAUAACCCCAAAUUUAAUCAAUCAAAAUUUCUCCAAAACACCUUUCCUUAACAACGUGUCCUAAAAACCCAAUUACCACUCCUCUCAUUGCGUAUAUAUAUUUAUGUGUGUAUAGGAAUGUAAGUAUAAAUAUGUAUAUGUGUGUGCAUGUGUAUGUAUAUAUAUAUAUAUCAUUAAUUAAAUAUAUUCUGUUAGAAUUUUAUACACUGAAUUUAUAA